GACCGUGAGUUUGAUUAUUUAGGUAUUUCGCCAGAAGAAGCAUGGGAAGAUCUAGAAGAUGCUUAUACUCGUUACCUUAAUGCACUAGAACAGACAGACUCAGACGAAACGCUUGACAAAGAACGUACUCAGAAUAACUUUAUUAUCACUUAUUUACAACUGCGCGAACAAUUCGCUGAACGAGAGGUGCAAGCUGAUUCGCAUGAUGUUGCAUGUCGUACUAUAUCUGCUAAUAUGGGGAAGGUUGGAAAAAAUGUCAUCUCAUGGACAAAAACUGCGAUAAAUGAUAGUCAAAAUCCUUUUGUUAUUUCGGUGGACGAAACUGUGAUUGUCAAGGAAGAAAGAGGUUUAAAAAGGAAGAGGGAAGACAAAUCAUAUAAUGAUCAAAAAAAUAAUGAGUAUACUACAGCUAUUAAAGCUAAUAUCUCACCUUGUCCAGAUCUUCCACGUGCCAAGAAUUAUCUUACAGAAGGCGAGAUUAAUCGUUUAAUGGAUACAUUGAAAGAAGUCAUUAAAGAAGAAAAAGAAAAAAUCAAUAAAUCAGUUGAAUCUUUUUUAGAGGCACUAUUGCUAUCGGAUAUCAUUAGCAUCCAUCAUCUCGCUAAAGAAUGUGGAGCCCGUGGAGUUUCUGGGUUGUGCAACCUUUUGCAAAAAUCAGCUGAAGAAAUGCAGGACAACGAUAAAAAAAAUAUUCAAGAUUGUCUCUUAAAUGUAGAUGUUGAAGACGAUGCAACUAUUUAUGUAGGCAAAUGUAUCGAGGAAACUAAUGUGUGGAUCAGUCGUUUUUCCGGAAAAUGUCAAUCCGAACGAAGCGUAGAUAUGUUUAUUGUUGGACCCUAUGCAAAAACUCCUUGUACUAUUUUCCUAUAUGGUGAAAAUAGGUCAGAUGCUGAUCGCGAAGACAAAACGGAACGCUCUGGAACUAGUCGUGUUGGAAAAGCAUGUGACUUCUUGUAUCGGAGUUUAUCCCGGGAAUCAGGUAUUGGAGAAAACAGUGGACCAGAGCACAAAGACAAUCAUGAUAAAUCGAUUACCAAUUUUAUAGAAGUAAUAAAAGUUGCAAAAUCACAACACAAGAAACUUGGAAAUUCUAUAAUUGAGCAAUGUGAUUUACCUCCUUUUUCAAAUAAACGGGGAUUUAUACGGAAUUUGGGAUUGGGUUUCUGA